CUUUGGUGAACAAGCUCUGCUAAAGUCUUAACGACUGAAAAUGGUUGGAAAGCGAAAGAGAGAUACAAACGUUGUAUCGAGAUUUACAACAGCCGAGGACGAAACAGCAACGCCUACAACGAACGAUAGCUCCACCCGUGAUAUUUUCCGCAAAUUUUUUGAAGCUCAAUUCCAGCCAUUGGAAGUUCCCGACUCCCACAUCACACGCACUAAUAGAUCUAAAGAGGAGCGUAGUACUGAUGAGUCUGAGGCUUCUGAAUCGGACUCCGAAUGGGCCGGCGCUUCAGAAGAUGCGGACGGGGACAUCAAAGUCGAGGUAGUCGAGCAUCGAGACUCGUCGGCCAUAGCGGAGGAGCCCAUAAAUAAGAGAGCGCGGAAAGCAUUUAUGACCGCAAAACCUCCAUCGUUUUCUAUGAAAGAAGCAGCUGCCAAGAGUUCCUUAAGUAAAGAUGAGGAUGACGGUGACGAUGGCGCCAAUUUGAAGAACGAUCUUGCGCUUCAGCGGCUUCUUAAAGAAUCCCAUCUCCUCGAUUCGUCGUCGGAUCUUGCGCCAACUGGUAAAAAUCGACUAAAAGCACUUGACCUGAGAAUGCAAUCGCUUGGUGCCAAGGCAUCUCUCUACCAUCAGAACAUGCCUUCAUCACACCGAAGAGGCAUCAAAGCCAAAGCCGAGAAGAAGGAUGACAAACGUCGACGAGAAGCUAAAGAGAAUGGAAUUAUCCUCGAGAAACCCGCACCCAAAUCAAAACCCAGUCCGGGAAGACGGGAGCGUGGCGUUGGGGGGCCGUCUAUCGGAAAGUUUGCAAGAGGGACCCUGAACCUGAGCAAACGAGACUUGUCCGCCAUUCAAGGUCCCCGAAAGUCAGGCAGAGGCAGGUCUAAAGGGCGCCGUUAGAUGACAAACUGCUGUGCUGGUAGAGAAUCCAACAUUGGUCUGCCUGCUGCACCGGAACAUUCUCGGAAAAUCUUCGUAGAAAUAACAUCAUCACAUCAGCUCUCUGCUUAUGACAUAGGGUCUAUUGCCGCUGCCUGGAUUAGGGGAUUGGCAUGGAAUCUAAGCAUCUUCACAUGGGACAGUGAUGGAAGUUCUAUCGCUAAUCCCCCGCUCUCGUUCUGGGCACGGCACAAUCUUCAUUCAUCCUUCGUCAAUCCUUCCUAUCCGUUAUCGGCGAUGAUGAGUAUAACUAAGGAUUUAGAAUAUACCCCGGUCCCAUGUCCUGUGCUAGCCUGAGG